ACACUUGCCAGACAACAAUGAAAAGAUAUUAAAAGAAUGGCAUGAAAUAAGAAACAAAAUUUAUAUAAGGGAAUAGUUAGAAAACGAGGUAGACAUAGAAAGAAAAAGCUGUGUAUACAGUCAACUGAACUGGAUGAAUUACCGCCUUUGCAUGUGUAGCAGCUGCUGUUACCCCCACUCCUCUUCAGUUCCUUUUACUUAUCAUUUUCAACUAAACUUCUGCGUGAACUGAACGCUCUCAGUUUCUAAGAGAGGAAAGCGAAGUCUUUCAACUUAGAAAACGAAAACAUAUUAGUUUUUCUAAACUAACAUUCAUUAAAAACUACCACCAGCAACAUUGCGUAGUGUGUCAACAACAAUAACAAUUGUCAUCAUUGUCCAUAAAUAAACACUAAUCGCUUUGUGUGUAUCUAUUUUUCGUAAAACAAAGAAGAAACAGAGAUGAGUUCAGAAUCUCCUCGCCCUAAAAGAACAAGAUACUCUCUCAGACAUUCACAUGAUGGGAGUUCUGUAAAUGGCCGUACCAAUGCCGUAUCUGUUGAGCAGUACAUGAAGCAAUUUCGACACUUAAGAGAAGCAACUUCAAAAUCAAAGGAGACACUGAAGCUUCUUUCUUUAAAUUUACACCCUGAGUCAAAUCGGAAGUCACACCAUACAGAUGAAUUUGACCAAAAGACUCUUAUUGUUCGAAGAGGAAGUUCUUUUAUCCUGGGCUUAACCUUUCAUCGCAAAGUCAUAAAAGAAAUUGAUGAUAUUGUCCUUCAGUUUUCUGUUGGUGAAAAACCACAGGAGAGCAAAGGGACUCUAAUAAGAUUAAAAUUGUUUGAAGAUUUGAGACCACGUGCUUUGAAUAAGGUGAAGCGUAACAAGUGGAUUGUUAAAUGUCUGAGUAUUGAGGGAGAAACUAUUCAGGUGGAAGUAAGCCCUUCAGUGAAUUCUUCAGUCGGAAACUACUUGAUUUUUGUAGAGACCAAAAAUGCAGAUGAAAAAGAUGAUGAGGUUGAAAGAUAUUUGCACGGGGAAAAUUUUAUUAUGCUCUUCAACCCUUGGUGUAAAGAUGAUACAGUAUAUAUGGAAAAUGAAAAGCUGCUAGAUGAGUAUAUCUUAAAUGAAACAGGACGAAUUUGGGUUGGUUCUUCAAGAUUUUUUCGAGGUAGACCUUGGAAUUUUGGACAGUUUCAAGAACCCUGCCUUGAUGUAGCUUUGCUUCUGCUGGAUAAAGGAGGUCUUUCUGCUGCAGCCAAGAGAGACCCUGUGACAGUCAUUCGUUGCCUUACUGCUAUGACAAACAGCAAUGAUGAAGAUGAAGGUCUCAUUGAGGGCAAGUGGGGAAAUGAUUAUCCUGAACCAUCUACGCGUCCUUCUGAGUGGAGUGGAAGUACUGCAAUAAUCUCACAGUAUGCCAAAACCUCAAAGUCUGUUCGUUAUGGACAGUGUUGGGUUUUCUCAGGGCUAAUGACUACAUUACUUCGUGCUAUGGGAAUACCAACUCGUUCAGUUACCAAUUUCCAAUCAGCACAUGACAGUAAUGCAAGUAUAACAAUAGAUAUUCAUUUCGAUGAAAAUUCAGAGCCAAUUGACUUCUUGAAUGAUUCUAUCUGGAAUUUCCAUGUAUGGAAUGAAUCUUGGUUACAUAGACCUGAUCUUCCCUCCGGUUAUGAUGGUUGGCAGGCUCAUGAUGCUACACCACAAGAAAGUAGUGAUGGCUUGAUGCGCUGUGGACCAUGUCCAGUGAAAGCCAUUAAAGAGGGUGAUGUGUUCAUUAAUUAUGACACUCCAUUCAUCUUUUCUGAGGUUAAUGGUGACAAAGUAUUCUGGAAGAUUAAUAGUAAAACAGGAGAAGUGAAGUCUGUUCAUAUUGACAAAUCUGCUGUUGGCAAGUUUAUUAGUACUAAAGCAGUUGGAAGUGUGGAGCGGGAAGACAUCACCCAUCUCUAUAAAUAUAAAGAAGGAUCUCAGGAAGAAAGGCAUGCGGUGGCAAAAGCAUGCAGGAAUACCUGUUCAGAACAUGAAGAGAUCUAUGGAGAAGUAGAAGAUGUCUCCUUUGAAGUUGUUGAAUUAAAGAAAGCAAUUCUUGGUAAUAGCUUUACUGUUGGGCUUAAGAUACAUUCAAAAUCCAUUCUUCGGACUGUUGAAACUUCAUUUGCUGUUAUGACGUGCUUUUAUACGGGAGUUAAUGACAAAAGAAUUUUCUCUCAGAGAGAUACAGUCACUGUUCAUCCUGACAAAGAUACAAUGGUAAAAUUAACACUUAAUCCUGAAGAUUAUGAGUCUAAAAUCAACAGUGAUGGAACAAUGUCUAUUUUCAUUGUGGCAGAAGUUAAAGAAACUGGUCAGACUUUUGUUGAUGAGCACAACAUUGUUGUUGAGAAGCCAGCUUUAAUCCUGAAGUGUCCUGACAGCAUUAAACAUGGGGAUGCAUUUGAUCUAACCAUCCAGUUUACAAAUCCACUAAAAAGAGAAAUGACAAAUGUUGUCUACCAUAUUGAAGGAUCUGGAGUUCGAAAAUCUUUUGAAAUCAGAGAGGAAGCCAGUUUACAGCCGGGUGCUGAGACCACAAAAGUUGUGGAGAUUUAUGCUUACAAGUAUGGAUCACGAGAAAUCAUUGUUACUCUGUCUUCAGACAAUUUGGAUGAUAUAAAUGGAAGUGUACCUAUCCGUGUGAAGUACUCUGCUUAGCAGCAGGCAUUCAAGAAGUUUCUUAAAAGAAUGCAUCAUCCAACUUUUUUACUUUUUGAAUAAUACUUUCAUUUUCUUUUCUAACAGUGUUGAUUUUUCCAUCAGUUUUCUCUAGUUUCAUUAAAAUAUGUUCCAUUUAAUAAUACUAAUAGAUUUGUGAAAAGGUAAUUUGGGGAUUUUAACAUUAUAUAUAUUUUUCAUUAAUGUACAUCUAUUUCUAUAUAUUUGUAUGCAUGGAGUGUAUCAAAAUUCUGGAUGUUUUCCUCACUAGCAAUAGUUUAACUGGGAGUACAAGCUGUUAUUCUUGUGAAGUACAUAAAAGCAAGCAGAAGUAUAUUACUUUGUCUAGGGAUCCAACAGAAUCUAGUAAAAUUUGAAAUUAUCAUUAUGUGGUCUCUAAACUAACGUCUAUUGCCUUAAUAAUCUUGCAAAUAUUGUGCCUUAUAUAACCCAUUCAUGUGUGUGUGUGUGUACACACACACACAAACCUGGAACAAAUGUGGACAUCCUCC